GAGUGCAUUUUCUUGUGAAGUUUCUGCAUUACGAAGAAAAGCCCAGCUUCUUUUGAAUACAUUUUUGCCAAUCUGCACGAAAUCUUUUCUCUUUAUGUUUGUGCCAUGUCUUAUUUCUAUGGAACACCUGUCACAAAUUUUGAUAGCCGCCACGAAAAACGUUCCGGAAGAAAGCAUAGUAAACACAGAGCCUUGGCACCUGAUGGCACAGAUCUAGAACCAAUUCACAGAUCCAGACACCGCCACAAACACGUAUCUAGACCCAGACACGCUCCAAAGCUUAAAAUCUCACCUAAUGAUACACAGGAUAUGAAUCCAGAAAAUGAAAAUGCCUCGGCAACGAAGAGUAGGACUAAGCGCCAUCUCCAAAAAGAGAUACAACGCCUGCUUGAAGAAAAUGAAACAUUGGCAUCUAGGUUGGAAUUAUCCGCUGGAGAUUCCGGUAUACAACAAAGUAUAGCCAAGGAUCUGAAAGACAAGGAAGCACUGAUAAUCAAAUUACAGAAUAAAAAUGAGAAGAUGGAGGCUUUUUGCAAAGAUGUUAAUACAGAGAAUAUGAAACUCAAAGAACUUUUAAAUCAACGAGAAACUGAUUACAGAAAAUUGCAUAUACAUCACGAGGAGUUGACGCAAUUCGCUCAAGGGAUAGAAGAGGAAAAAAAUCAUCUCCUUAUUGUCAAUCAAAAGCUGAAAGCAGACAAAUUACAACUUACAGAAGACUUGGGCUUGCUGAAAAAUUUGAUCUACAAGCUUAAUGUGGAAAUUGAGCGGUAUCAAGACAAGUUAAGGCAAGAGGAUCGCAACGGCUUGCAACAAACUGACACUGGUACUGCUUGCGAAGUUGAUACAAUUGAUACUAACAAAAUGUUAGAAUCAUGGGGUCGAGUUAAUAUUCAUGCUCUGGGCCCGUUAUUGGAUGCUUACCAAGAAAAUCUGUCGGAAAAAGAUGAUCUUAUAAAAAAAUAUGGCAAGGAAAUCGAAGAGUUUAGUGGAAGAUGUAAAGACAUAGUUGCCGAAAAUGAAAUGUUGCACAAAGACAUAAAAGACCUAACGUCAAAGCUGAAGAGUAAAACAGAAGAAAUCGAAGAACUCACUCGAGACGCAAGUGUGGUAAAAGAACAAAAUGAUCUUUUAAUGAAGCAGGUUGCAUUGCUGAAACAGAAGCUAGUGGAGAUACAUGCCGUGUACGAAAAAAAGGUUGAGUCGAUGUCGCGAGAUAAUGAGAAAAUUCAUAAUGAUUUUCUGGUCUGCAAAUCAGAGCUCAGUAAUAUUCAAGGCAAAUACGAAAUUCUUAAUGAAGGUUAUGAGAAAUUGAAGCACAACAACGAACGAACGAUGCCAGUUUCUGUGCACACGGCAGCUAUUGAUGAAUGCAAGCGAUUAUUUGAGGAAUUGAAGAGUCAGUAUGAGUUGGAGAAACAAAAGCUCGUCAACAAAAUUAAAUAUCUGGAGGAAACUCAACCUGAAAAUGAGAGACAACUGAUAAUAAUCACUGCAGAAAGGGAUCAGCUUAAGACCACAGUCAAGUGUUUGGAAAAAAAUUUUAAACGAACUCAACAUAAGUUAGAACACCUGCAGAACUCUAUGUAUUCUAUACAAGUCUCUCGGGACUCGCUAAAGCGGCAAUUAAAUAAGACAGCUGGAUACUGUGAGGAAUUGGCGGCAGAACAGGAGAGAUUGAUCAAAGAGAACCGUGAGUUAUCAAUUGUACUGCAAGAAAGAGAAAAAGAAAACGAAAAUUAUCAGUAUCUUGGUGACAAUAUUGUCCACCGAAUGGGAAAUUUGAAAAAUCAAAUAAAGAGUGUACAGGCGGGAGCAAAGGAACAACUAAAGACUGUAGAGAAGCACAUAAAAAGUCAGGAAAUGGGUGCGGAUCAAAUGAAGACGGAAUAUCAGCGCGAAUUGCAACGCCUCAAGCAAUUACUGAGGCAAAAGGAAGACCUAAUCGGUAAACUUCAAAGAGAAAAAUACGCGACGCAAGAUAAUUUGGAGCUCGUCUGGCGCGCUGCUACCAGCGGAGACAAAAAAGUGAAAGAUGUGUUAAAGAAUACGAAAAUAUAUAAUAUUUAAAACACGGUAGAAUCUCGUGAUAAAUGAAACACAAGAAUGUGUAUUAAUCUCGUGAAAGGUACAUAGAAGCGAUUUUCUUAAGCUUAGCAAGUUUCAAAGCUAUGCCAGUCGCUCGGUCUUAGUUUCGAACUGAUAUAAUCGCCAGUUCAGUUAGCUGUAAUGCGAAAUGAAUGAAAUGCACGAACAGAGGCUAGUAAGUAGCUAGAAUUACAGAGUCUAGAUUUUUUCGAACGUCAAACGUCGUUGAUAUCGAAAUAUUGCGAUGAUAUGAUACGAAAAAUUGAGGAUGAUAUGAAAUAUUAUUUCAAUUUGGUACAUUCAAUCCAUUUAAGAAAAUUACCUACCAUUAGCAAUACGAAAUAUUUACUUUGCGGGUGAUCGCAAGUUUGUAGUCUUGAAAUUUAAAAAGAAACACAUUAAUUUAUACUAUUUUGAGCACGUCGCUCAAUCACGUAAAUAGAUAUGUAUAUUGCACUUGGCAAAGCGCAGGUCGCUCAGUAUGAAAACCUUGUACGAAAAUUAGCUGAAUAGCAUAACAAUUAACGAUCCAUCACGACGGAAGUACAUAAAAAAUAGAUCAACAAAAUUUUCAUUGAUUACCAAUCGAAAUCAAUUUACGAUUUUUCGGUGAUGUAUCGUAUCAAAUAUGAAUCAAUUCAAAUCAAUUGAAAUUUGAUCUCAAAUAUUUAAGUACACACAACGUUUCCCGCUAACAGAUGGUUACGUAGGUGUAAAGUGAUUGUUCUAGUCGUAGUUAUACGUAUGCAAUGAUAAUAUCUAGUCAUUCCACCACAUUUGCAGUAUUUAUAUUCAUAUUUAUAAAUAUACAAUUUUAAAUCACUAUAAAAUUUGUUCAUUCAUCAAUUUGUUGACCUAACUUCCAAAUAUCGGAUAAAUAAAAACAGAGCAAAAAUCGCCACAGCAUAGAUUUUGCCGUUAAGAUAUUUCGCAAGUGAUGCCUGCACAGUGUUAUCAUUCAACAGUUCCCCACUGAUCGUAACAUGACAGGAGACAAUCAUUUAAAAUGGACUCAACAUGUCGGAUGUAUACAUGCGGUGUCAGCCACCUUAUUUUAGUCGUGACAUCAACCAAUAAUAAGUGGUAGCGAAGGUUGUUAAGGCAUAUUGCCGAGAGGACACAAUAAUAGUUUUAAAAGCUGAAAGCGCCUUUUAUAGCUAUGAUCUCACACCUUCCGUUGAUCUACACAACAAGUAGAGGAUUACAUUUCAAUGAUUUUACCUCAGAUUACCUGGAGGUUCUCUCGAAGUUUUCGAAUAUAUGAAUAACAAACGGUCGUUCCGUUAGAUCUGGAACUCCGAUUUGGCAUUAUUCAAUAGUCACCGGCGAAGUCAGGCGGUCGUAAAAUCAUUUUUAUUAUAAUUGUUAUUUUAACACCGAGCUCAUUUACAU